AGUCCUCCUCUCUGCAGUUCUCUGAAAGGGGAUUCAAGUAAGUGGGGAUUGGUCUCUUCUCCCUAGCAGGAGGUUUAGGACAUUAGGAACAAUUUCUUCGUUGAAAGAGUGGUCAGACAUUGAAACAGGCUGCCCAGGGAAAUGGUGGAGGAGCUGUUUAAGAAAGGUGUGGAUGUGGCACUUGGGGACAUGGUUUAACGACCAUGCUGGUUGGACUUGAUGAUCUUAGAGGUCUUUUGCAACCCAAACAAUUGUAUGAGUCUAUGAUUCUUCCUCCUGCUCAAGAGGCAGCGCAGAGAGAAGGAGCCUCCUGGGCUGGAGGAGGCUGGGCUGAAGGCAGUGAAGGGCAAGGUGCUAAUCCCCUGCGGACAGCCCCGUCCUCGGCAGGAGCCGGGUGACACCACGCAGGGCUGGGUGACGAGCAGGGCUCAGUCCUACCAAGCGCAUCCCCCGCGGGGAGGCUACGGGCCCGGGGAGGGGAGGAGUGGUAGUGGAGGGAGGAAGUCUCCGACGGCGGCGGCAGCCGCUCCCGCGGGGCUCUGUCGGGACAACGGGGCAGGGAUACCCGAAGCCUGCCCCCCCUCCCCGCCGCCCCCCCGGGUCCCUAAGCCGCUCGGUGAACCGGUGGGAGCGGGAGCCGGAGGGGACUCCGCUUUAGGUAGCUGAGCUGUGCUUGGGGAGGGGCUGAGCCGGAGCUCCCAUGCACCGGGCUGCCGGGGCAUGGGGAACGGCAGCGCCGGCAGCGCUCCGGGCAACGGUACCGGGCUGCCACCGCCGCCUCCAACGCCGCCCCCGGGGGGUCACAACGUGGCCGCCCUGGUACUGGGCAUCGUCCUCAUCCUGCUCAUCGUGGCGGGCAACGGACUGGUCUGUCUCAGCGUCUGCACCGAGCGGGCUCUGAAGACCACCACCAACUACUUCAUCGUCAGCCUGGCUGUUGCCGACCUGCUGCUCGCCCUCCUCGUCCUGCCCCUCUACGUCUACUCCGAGUUCCAGGGAGGUGUGUGGUCCCUCAGCACAGUGCUGUGCGAUGCCCUGAUGACCAUGGACGUGAUGCUGUGCACAGCCUCCAUCUUCAACCUGUGUGCUAUCAGCGUGGAUCGCUUCAUUGCCGUUUCAAUCCCGCUGAACUACAACCGGCGCCAGAUCGACCUGCGGCAGAUGAUCCUGCUCUCCACCACCUGGAUCUUCGCCUUCGCCGUAGCUUCCCCAGUCAUCUUCGGCCUCAACAAUGUCCCAGACCGGGACCCCACCUUGUGUCAGCUGGAGGAUGACAACUACAUUGUCUACUCCUCCAUCUGCUCCUUCUUCAUCCCCUGCCCGGUCAUGCUGGUGCUGUACUGUGCCAUGUUCCGAGGACUCAAGCGCUGGGAGGAAGCGCGGAAGGCCAAGCUGAGGGGCAGCAUCUAUGGGGUCAAUAGGAAGCUCUACCACCCCAGCAGCUUCAUUGAGAGGGAGCAGAGUGGGCUGGAGCCAGGGCAGUGCAGCCCCUACACCAGCUCUGCCCACCCCAUGGACUAUGUGAUGCACAAUGGGAUCCAGACUCUCUCCUACCCCCACCUCAAGUACCCCCACCCAGGACACGGUCGGAAGCGGGCCAAGAUCAACGGCAGGGAGCAGAAGGCCAUGCGGGUCCUGCCAGUCGUGGUCGGUGCUUUCCUCUUCUGCUGGACACCUUUUUUUGUGGUCCACAUCACCAGGGCUGUCUGCAAGUCCUGCAGCAUCCCCACCCAAGUCACCAGCAUUGUCACCUGGCUGGGCUAUGUCAACAGCGCUCUCAACCCCAUCAUCUACACUGUCUUCAACGCCGAGUUCAGGAACUUCUUCCGCAGAGUCUUGCACCUCUUCUGCUGAGCCCACCCCAGCUGGUGGACAGGAGGAACCACCAGGAUGGCUUUUGUAUAGUCCAUUAAAAAUCUAUUUCUGCCUAA